CGACGCCGACGCCGACGCUCCGCUCCGCAACCGAGACCGGCAGCGGCCAGUGGAUCAGGGUUGGAGUCAGAUCGAGACGGUGGCAAGAUUCUGGGGUCUCCAAGAUCGUGUGGUGACUGACACGGAGUGCAUCCACGAGUUCGUGCCCUACGAGGGUGACACAGUGUCCAGAAACUUCGCCGUCGUCGACCACGACAUCUUCUCGAGCUCCGACCUCCCAGGCAUCGACCUCACGGAAUCAAAGCUAUGCUUGGAAGGGGCUCUCCUAAGUUGCAUCUAAUGCAAGCUGCAUCUUUAAAGAAGAAGAGACCAUCACCUAAAGCAAGUGGAAAAGUGGACCGCUCAAGAGCGCAUUGGAAUUUAGGACUUGAAAAAGCAUUGGUUGAGUUGCUCCAUGACUACAACAAUGAUUGCUAUAGGGGGCAAAAUGGAUGGUCUACAGAUGCAUGGAAUAGAAUAGUGAAAUCUUUCCAUCAGAACUUCAAGCAUGUCUCAUUUUCCAGGCAACAGAUUCAGGACAAGGAGAAGGAACUUAAGAGGGAAUAUCGGAUGCUCAAAGAAGCGAGGCAGCAAAGUGGGGCAUCAUGGGAUGAUAAGCUGUGCAUGAUUGUGGCUGAUCCACCUGUCUGGGCAAACAUCAUCACAUCACAUCCAAAGGCUGCCAAGUUCCAGUCCAAGCCUUUUCCUCUAUUUGAGAGAUUAGGAGAGUUAUAUGAUGGCCACACAGCUGAGGGAUCGUUGAACAUGACAUCUCUUGCUGACCCAACACCAUCUGAGCCAAGUAUCACACAAAUGAGUGGUGGUGACGGAUUACAAGCUGAAGAAUUUGAAUCCCCACUGGUGCCUCUUCAUGAUGAGGAUGAGGAUGAUGAGGAUGAUGUGAUGAUAUUAGACCAGCCCAGUAGACCUACGGCAACAAGAAAAGCAAAUGUUCCUGCUGUCCCUAAUGGAGGAAAUAAGGUUCAGAAAAGGCAGAAGGAAGCUGCUAUCUCUCAUGGAGGAAAGAAGGUUCAGAAAAGGCAGAAGGAAGCUGAAGUAGCUCACAUGAUGGAGAAGUAUCUGGAAGUAAAAACUAAGCAAGUUGAAGGUGAGGUUGCAGAGAAAUCAAGGACAGGAUCAGGAGCGGAUGAGUACUCCAUCAAGCAAUGCAUUAGUGUCAUCAGCACCAUGGUAGAACUCACCGGCGAAGAAAAGGCUGAAGCUUUUGAUGUUUUCAAAGAUGCUCAGAACCGGGAAAUCUUCAUGAAUGCAGAUUCACCAACACGUCUGAUUUGGAUAAGGAAGAAAUGUAUGCAGACAUGAGGGAAACAAUACUGAGUUUUGAGUGAGAGGUCUGAGGAGGUCGAGUUAUGAAAGACACCCUGCAACAUUUACCCAUGAAAAAAAUAGUUGAAUGUUCAGUCUUGUAGUUUUUAGAUUUAAAUUUCUAGAAUAUUUGAUAAUGAUAUUGGAGAGAGAUAACGAUAUCCAUAUAGUCUAGCACGUUAAAACUAUUAUUUUAUAUCCAGAUAAAAGAACAUGUGCGCUGCCUGUAUCCGACAUGGACCGGCAUGAUAAGUUGUUCUAUAUCUAGAUGUUUCUUGCUGGAUUGGAUUAAAUGGAGCUUAUCCAACACAUUUCAGAUUAGUAA